GAGAGCGCUGCUGAACAGAGACGCUUUCCUGAGCCACUUGGAGAAACAACGCCAGGCUUGACACUGAGUGAUGACCGUGGCGCGGAGAGACUCAGCAGACCGGGGAUAAAAACGCGGACUUAAACACACACACACACACACACACAGAGGAGGGGAGGAGGGGGCUCGGUUGUGGAUACCUGCGCGUCUCCGCUGCGGCCGCAGGUGCGCUACAGUCCCUCUGAAGGGAGACUUUUUCUGAUCCGGAGAGGAAAGUGAGAAAAGAGGAAAUCUUGCUCGGAUUAUUUCUUCUUUUCUCGCCCGGUCUUGUCCGUUUUUCAGCCACUCCGAGAGCAAACUUUAUCAGCUUUAUCAACCGCAUUUCAACUCCAGGUCUGACUCAAGAUCUCGACUCGGAGCUUUGCCAGUUCGCGGACUGUUCACCCUGACUGUUUUCCAAACGCGGAUUACACCGGACAGCAUCUCCUUCCUCUCAGAAAGGAGAGUCCCCUCCCGACUCUAAACUUGUGUCUCGAAGCAGAGUCUUUUCAUCCCGUCGGUGUUUAUUUGAACGCGGUGAUGAAGAGGGCAAUGCCUGGAUUAUUACAGCUCACCCUGACCCUGGGAGCAGGGCGAGAGUGAGGGAAGCGGAGAGAGAAGCGGGCUAAAGAAGAGAGGAGAGAAGAAGGAGGGAAGUCGGUGGCGUUUGGCUGCCGUCCACUAGUUCGUUAGCGCCUUCGCCGCUCGGGCUCUCCCACCUCCUUUUACUGGAUACACGGACACACACCAAGAGGCGCACGGGGAGGACCUGCGAUCACACCCUGGGCCAGUGGGAGGUGACUGUCAGAAGAAAUGCCGGUCCUAGGUGCCCUAGUACAUCACCACCGGGACCAUGGCGACUCAUUGGCCAGUGAGAAAAGAGAGGUGCUCCCAUGGCUCCUCCUGUCUUGCUAGAUGUUUGGCAUCCUCCUUGAUGUUCCUAUGGUUGCCGUGGGCGUUGCUAUGGCUGCCGUGGCCCGCGCGAGCUGAACAAGUGGGCGGUGGGGCAAGUGGCGGGAAAACGCUCCACGGUUCGCUGUCGUCCCCCUCAUCUUCGUCAUCAUCCUUGUCCUCCUCCUCAUCUAGCACCUCGCCGUGGGGCUUCAGCACAAGGCAAAGCGGGGGACAGCUCGACUGGCUGCUGUCAGAGAAGGGUCCUUUCCACAGAUGUCCUGAGUACACAGAGUUCAGAGAGAGGUUCCAGCAGGGAUUUUCUACCAGAUACAAGAUUUACAGGGAGUUCAGCCACUGGAAGGUGAACAGUCUGGCAACAGAGAAGAGAGAUUUCCUCAAAGCUCCAUUGCCCUUAGCGCCUGAGUUCCUACGCAACCUGCGGUUACUGGGGCGACGGCCAACCCUGCAGCAAAUCAACGAUAACCUCAUCAAGAAGUACGGGACCCACUUCCUAGUUUCUGCUACCCUGGGAGGAGAGGAGUCUUUGACCAUUUUCUUGGACAAGCAGAAGCUGAAUAAGAAGUCGGAGGGCAACAGCAACAGCUCAGUGGUGUCCCUGGAGCUGCUCCAUCAGCUGGCUGCUUCCUACUUCACAGAUCGAGAGAGCACCCUGAGACGACUGCACCACCUCCAGAUUGCCACGUCUGCUAUCAAGGUAACUGAAACAAGGACAGGCCCUCUCGGCUGCAGUAACUAUGACAGCUUGGAUUCAGUUAGUUCAGUCUUGGUGCACAGCCCGGAAAAUAAGAUCCACCUAAAAGGAUUGCAAGAUGUCCUGCCAGAGUUCUUGCGUGGGCGUUUUGUGGAGGCAGCCCUCAGCUAUGUGGCAUGCAACUCGGAGGGCGAGUUGCUCUGCCGCAACAACGACUGCUGGUGCCGGUGCUCUCCCCGCUUCCCAGAAUGCAACUGUCCCUUCGCUGACAUCAAGGUCAUGGAGGAGAACCUGGAGAAGAGCAGAGAGGCCUGGAACGGCUUCAACCAAGAGUUCAUGGAGUCAGAUGAAUUCAAAGCCUUCCUGAAGCGCUUGCCCACUGACCGGUUCUUGAAUGUGUCCAUUAUCGGCAAGUUGUGGUCAGCUGACUUGUCCCUCCUGAAGCGCUAUGCCCAGCUGGAGUCAAGCACUGCCCUGGUCCUGGGCAAGGCCCAGAAGAUUGUCAGGAAGCUCUUCACCCUGAGCAAACGCUGCCCGAAACAACCUCGCAUCAGUCUGCCCAGAGAAAGGCCUGUUGGUUUCUGGUUGAGCAGGGCCCAGUCUCUGCUCUACUGUAAUGACCACGGAGUACUGGGCUCCUUCUCUGAGGAGGUGCGGAGCUGUAUAUGCCCUGUGGAGCAGCCCACCUGCCAGGGAAUCAUUCCCUGCAUUGUGGGCACCUCAUCCACCUCUUGCUCCUCCUGUGCCACUGACAACGCUACACGCUGCGGGGCCUGUCACCAUGGCAACCUCCUUCAUCUUGGUUCCUGCCGGCCAAGCAUCGCAGCAUCCUUGGACCACUAUCUGAACUUGGACUUGGACAUGCCUGAUGCUGAGGUGAAGUACCUGCUUCAGCGACUGGACAGCAGAAUAGAGGUCCACGCCAUCUACAUCAGCAACGAUGUCCGUCUUGGAAGCUGGUUCAACCCUGCCUGGAGAAAGAGGAUGUUGCUGACACUCAAGAGUAACAAAAACAAGUCCAAUCUCAUCCACAUGCUGAUGGGCAUUUCUUUCCAGAUAUGCUCAACUAAGAAUUCAACGUUGGAGCCCGUGCCUGCCAUUUACGUGAAUCCUUUUGGAGGGAGCCACUCUGAGAGUUGGUUCAUGCCUGUGAACCAGCCUGACUUCCCUGACUGGGAGAGAACUCGACUGGAUGCUGUAGUCACGGCACAGUGUUACAACUGGACACUCCAUCUGGGCAACAAGUGGAAGUCUUUCUUUGAAACAGUGCACAUCUAUCUGCGAAGUCGCAUAGUCACAGAUGAUCCAACAGUGAAUGAAACACUCUUCUAUGAACCGUUGGACUUGGAUGACCAGACAUCCAACUUGGGGUACAUGAAGAUCAACACACUGAAGGUGUUUGGUUACAGCAUGCACUUUGACCCCGAGGGCAUCAAGGAUCUGAUUCUCCAGCUGGACUACCCCUACACGCAGGGUACACAGGACGCUGCCUUUCUCAUGUUGCUGGAGAUGAGAGACCGGAUUAACCGCCUGUCUCCACCGGCACCACAGCCGCUCGACCUGUUUUCAUGUCUGUUGCGUCAUCGGCUCAAGCUGUCAGCUGGAGAGGCAGCACGCAUUAAGGACUCUCUGCAGAUCUUUAACUCCAAGCUUCCCAAUGCUUCUCCUGAACCUGAGCUUGCCCAGCUGUGCAGCUAGCUCAUAAGUCAGGAGUGAUUCUACACACAGAAGGUGGACGUGCUGCUUCAGGGGCAACCAGAGACAGGUUGGAUGGGGGGGGGGCGGGGGCAAUGAAUGAAUAGAACCCACAACUUUAAAGGUUGUCUGCUGGGCUUGUCUUAUGCUCACUCUUGGCUUGGUUUCUGGUGUCACAUUUUUAUGUUAAAUUGCUGCCAGAGCCCUUUGAUGAACAUUUGAGUCGUGUUGCAGACUACUUGGAGAACAGCUAAUCCGUGGACACUCUUUCAGAGGCUCUAACAACUAGCCUGGAGGCUUACUUUUGCUAUUACUGCCCUGCUUUAGGCGAACUGUACGACUGGAUGAACCAACACUGAUAGAUUUUAUGAUUUGGAACCUCAGAGAGCCGAUGUCAUUAAGUAUACCUAAGACCUCUGCCAAAGAUAGAGGUGAUUUUGAUAUGUAAAGCGGAACUCUUAAGGGGUCUUCAAAAAAUGAGUUAAUGGAAGAGGAUUUCCCCUUUUCUAACCCUAUUUUCUUUGGCUACAGAACAAUCUGGUGGGAAGGGAAAAUGGGAUAAUAUUAUAUAUGUGGUGAAUGAGUUGUUAUGUUAUGCUUAAAAGUUAAAAAUUUGAUAAUCCUGAACCCUGUUACUGUCUUUGAAUAUUUCUUUUUAAUCCCUGCCUUCCAUUUUAUCUGGCAUUUGAAAAACUUGUAAGUAUCUAUGCUUAACAUCCGAGUGAGAAGCCUGUUAGUGAUGUUCUGUCCUUGGUGGUGUGUCUAAACCAAAAGACGGUGAACACAGCGGCAAAGUGAAUGGCAAACUAUCUUAAAUGUUGAGUUAUUUUUCUGAGCUGACAUCAUAAAGAUAUCUUCUGACGUGGUAACAAAAAGGUCUGCGGAUAUAGCGCUGUAAAUAACGCUCCAUCUAACCCCAGGUGUGGACAAGUGCACAUUGCUUUUUAGAUAACCCAGUGCAAAGACCAAAAAAAUGUUUAUAACAAGACAAACUCAUGCCUUAUAUGGAGAGUCAGUGUUAAGAUAAGAAGCACAUUUAGUUUCUGUGUUUGAUUUCCCAGCAAAGGCUGUAUUGCUUUUUAUAUUUCAAUAUUUCUACCAAGACAGAACAGCAGACAAAUUCUCCAGUGGUAAUGUAGCUUUUCCAUGUAAAUGCCAGUCACACUUUCUGCAUUUAUCUGUUUUGAUUUGGUGUUGUGAAACUUUGAGUCACUAUCCACAGUGCACACCAGUACUAGCAUAAUGUAAUUGUUCUGCAGAAUCCUUCUAUACAGACUCUCAGUAACUCAUAGAGCCUUGUUGAUUUUGUUAUGGUUUAAAAAGGUUUUCAAUAGUUUGGUUUAGUCUCAGGUCAAUGAAAUCAUUUUUUUUUUUGACAAGUGGGUCCAACGUCAGCUGCUGGUUACCACGGCGACAGGAGUUUUUGCAGGGUAGUGAUGGUACUCUUGAGAGCUGCAAACUUACCACUUAUGAUACUUGAUAUGAUUCUACAUUUACUUCACUAAUUUCUCACUGAAAGUCAGUAAACCUUGUAUGUCAUUUUCAGCAGUUCUUCUGUGCUCAGCUUGCUUAAGUAAAAACAAAGUGGUUUAUCUA